AUGGAGGCUCUUGCAGCACUAUCGGUCGCAUGUAACGUGAUGCAGGUAAUCAGCUUUGGUUACGAUGCCAUCGAAAUCACGAACAAGCUGCGUGUGGAUCGAUCGCCAGAUCCGGACCUCGGCUCCGCAACGAGGCAGCUCAAGGCCAUCGGCGAAGAGCUUGAACGCGCUGUUCAUGCCGCGCCGGCUGCAUGCACAGGGCCUGCGGUCGUUGGCCCUUCUACUUCGAAUACAUCCACUCCUUAUCCCGCAACCAGCUCCCCGCACCUCUCUAGCGGCGACGAGUUGCGAAAAGUGGCCCACGAGGUCGUGCGUAUCUCCGACUCUCUAGCCCAGGAAUUGGAGAGCCAAGAGGUAAAGGAUACCCAUGUCGACGUGACUCGACUCGACCAGAAGACGCAAGCCUUCGUCGACAAACUUCAACAAGGACAAAUCAACUUGUCUCAGUUGAUACUCAAGGACGGCAAAACAACUCAAGACCUUGUGGCUUCAGAAUCAAAGCGAAUCAUCGGCGAAAUGCAGCAAGAGCAUAGGAACAUUUCUCAGCAUAUGUUCGAGAACGGGAGGGAUACUCGAAACCUUGUGACCGCAGAAGGAAGUGAGACCAGAAGGCACCUCGCGGUUCAGCUGGAAAGCCUGCAUGCCCAUGUUUCCGAUGGCAUCCAAGAUACUAAUUCAUAUCACAUCGAGGCCGAGAAGGGAAAGCAAGUUGAUCGCUUGCUAAACAGCCUUCGAUACGAAAACAUGAACCAACGCCUCAAUAACAUCACUACCAGGCAUGAGAAAACCUUUGAAUGGCUUUUUGUUGAUCGACCCACAAGCCAAGAAAUGGACGAUGACAUCGGUGGUGACAGCCUGGAAGAUAUUCACGAAUCAGAUGCUGAACUGAGAGAUCAUUCCAUCGGUGAUACCUCGUCCGAGUGUACUGACGAUGGGACUGAUGACUAUGUGCCGGGCUGGGAUGAGUUCAGCAAGUGGCUUUGCUCAGAAGAUCGAUUGUACUGGAUUAGCGGCAAACCUGGCUCGGGAAAGAGCACUCUCAUGAAAUUCCUGGCUCAAGACGAUCGCACAACUACAUAUCUCCGGCAAUGGAGAUCCGAUCCAUCAGUCCUCUCUGUUUUUAUAUUCAAGGCAGGCACGCCGAUGCAAAGUAGUCUCUCCGGAGUUCUCCUCAGCCUAUUUCAUCAAUGCCUCCUCACUUGUCCCGAGACAAGUGCCAGACUCCUCCAGGAAAACCCAGCUUUGAUGAGAAAGUCAUCAUAUCAUGACUGGUCGGUUGGAGAACUCGAACUGCUAUUGGGUAGCGUGAUAGCCAAGUCAGACCGCAGUUUUUGCAUCUUCAUUGACGGCUUGGACGAGAUCAAACGCAAGUCUCCUGACGAGGCUCCGGGACUCUUGAGAACUAUCGAUAUCUUGCGAACGUUGUCGAAUGUCAAAUUUUGUGUGUCUAGUCGACCUGAAGCUUUCUUUGAAAGAAGGCUUCAAGGACAUCCGUUGCUGAGACUCCAAGACCUGAACGAGGAAGAUAUAAGGCACUACGUGGAAAGUGCCCUCGAAGACCUAUCCCACCAAUUUGAUUGGCUGGCCACGAAACAGAAUUACACGGAAAGCAGUUCUAAGAAAGACGACUUUUCGGCAGAUGAGUUGUCGGAAGCCACUUCUGUGGAAGACGAGUUGCACUAUUCGACAAAGACCCGCAUCAUCAACCUCAUAGUUUUCAAGGCACAGGGUGUAUUCCUUUGGGUUGCACUUGUGGUGCGGAGCGUCAUCUCCGGUUUGAACAACCGAGAUGACUGGGGAAAUCUAUAUGGGAGGAUCCGUGAGCUCGACGAUGACUUGGCGAUGCUCUAUAACAGCAUGUGGAAACGAUUGAAUGAAGACACCAAGGUUUACCGAGAACAGGCGGCAUUCUAUCUCCAAGUUGUCCUCGAGUCGCAACAGCACCCUCAGUCUGAGCUAUGGAGAGGCGCCCCUUUGACUUUGUUCAGCAUGGUGGCUAUGGUCUCAGAGAAGCCAUUUCGAGAUAUGAUUUGGAGGCGGUGGGGCCCUAUGACUUCAGACUUCUCUGCAUUCAUAUCCCAAAAAUGCGAGACCACAAAGCGGCAGGUGCUUGCCAGGUCUGCUGGACUACUCGAGAUCAAUCCAGUCGGUGGUAAUCCGUGGGAGCAAAGUGUGGACUUCAUCCAUCGCAGUGCCUAUGACUUUCUCAAUGAUACCGACGAAGGGCAAGCAAUACUGGAAUUUGGCAGACGGUCAACGGACGAUCUAAAUAUCUUGGGAGUGGAGUCGGAACUAUGCAGAAUAUCAUACUUCUCACACGAUCCUGAUCGCCAGAAGUGGCUGCGAGGCCCACUGUUUGAAGUGGGGCAAUUCUACACGUUUUACCUGUCUGAUGAUGCACGAAAGACUUGUUUGGCAGUGGUAAAAUAUUGGAUGGGGUUGGCUUUGACCAGCAACGACGCACAUCGCGAGGUGACAGAGGCUGCUGCGGACGGUCGCUUCUGGGAGGUAGUAGAGCACUCACUAGCACUGUUGCCACCUCCUGCGCCGUUCAUGUUAUGCGACUGGACAACCAGGUUGUUGCAUUAUGCAGUCAUCCGCCGUGCUUGGGACAGGAUGCCAUGGCUAUUGAAGGAAGGGGCGGAUCCGAACUGGCGACACGAGAUACUCGGUACUUGCUUUUCGCCCUUUCCAGCUCAUCUUUUCGGGUUUGGGAGAGCGGCUGAUUUAUUUCUUGGAAACUUUUAUGAUCUGGACGCUACGCUCGGGGUAUUAAGGGCUUUUCUAGAUCAUGGACUCGACCCAGAAACUCGCACCCUCGCCUUUGUGACAUCGGACGUUCACAAGAGUGAAUUGUUUCCAUUUUCAACGCUUACUAACUGCUACGAGCCGACUAGCUGGACCCUCUCUCGCUGGCACAGCCCUGGCACCAUGGGUCUCAUUCUCGAAUUGUCAUAUGCUCAGCUUGCUAUGCUCACCCUAUCCAACGCCCGUGGUAUUUUCAACACUCGUUUCACCUGGAACAAGCUCUGGGCCCAGUGCCCCGAAAUCUUCCCCAGCGCGACCACGGCACCGCUGAAAAUGACGCACCUCGUUAUACGCCGUUCCAUACCUAGCGACAGCUAUGAGUCGGUUGCUAACAGUCUCGACUUUUGUGCCCUCAGCAGUCAUUCUGCCAGGCCUGAAUUCGUCUUGGCUGGAUUCUGCCUCGAUUCUGACCUCAACGAAACUCUCAGGCCAGAGCAGUUCUUCCAAGAACCAGAGAGCCACGGGAAAGAGAUCUUUACUGUUGAGGGAGACAUAAAUCCUCGGGAAGUUAACCAACAGAUGUGUGGUGUUUUGAGGAGGAACUAUCCCGAUGACCAGUCAAAGGAGCGGUCUCGUGUCUCAGUGACUAAUCAAAAGGACAUGUCACCCGACUUACCCCGAGCAGCUAUAGAUUGCGAUGAGCCCCGUCGAGAGUUGAAAGAGCACGCUUAA